AUGCGCACGGCUAAGUACAACGGCCAUGUCGACUGGGCAUCUUGGACUCGCGAAGCAGCCUCGCCGCGAGCCAGCACGCCACCGCGAGCCAUGCAUGCCUCUGCCAAGGUGUCAACUGCUGACUGGUGCAAGAAUUACGGCUACAUUGGAACGGACGGCCAAAUCCACUGGCCGUCGGCACAUGCAGACCACGCGCGCACGGUGGCUUUAGCAUGGGCCCAUGCCGAUGAGGAUGCCAUUGAUGCCAUGUCGGUCAAGACGGCAACGCAAAAGCUCAAAGAGGGCGGAGACCUUUGGGCUUUGCUCCGCUGUGCCUACCUGGCUGGAGCAGACGGUACCACUGCAGAAAGCUUCCAGGCUGCCUUCAGUUGCGUUCGUGUUGUUGCGAUCGCUGUCCUUGCAGCAUCGGAAACGGCCAGGCGUUCCAAGGAAGUCGGCGGAGUUGAGCCAAGCACGAUCGCAAAGGUCACACCACUGCAGAAGCAAGAGAAGAAGCGAACUCAGAGUGAGUUCGAUCGAUUCGACGGCCUCGACCUCGGUGACUUCGGUGACCUCGAUGCGGCCUCCCAGAGAGUGCACGAGAGCUUGCAGAGGCAAGUCGGGUCAAGACUGCUAAGAUGCUAA